AGUAGCUGACUGCCUGGUCUCCGCGCCGCAGCGGCGAGUCGACCUCUCGGCAGACGAGGAGCGGCGCCUUCGGCGGUGGCCCAGCGACGGUCCUAUUGCCGUCUUCCUCAUCCGAACGUGGCCGGCACAUCCCCGCGGAGGCCGCGACCAGCCUGUUCGUGUGUGUGGCGGCGGCGCCAGAUCCGGCAUCCCUCGGGUGCCCCGCCGCCGGAUCUGACCUCGCUCGGGAAGGUAGGCGCGGACGCAAGAAAGAGCAUUUCCCGCGCGUUGGCUCUAAGGCACAUCGGGCGCUCGCUGGUGGAGGCACGACGGGUCACCGUGGGCGUGCUCGGCGGGUGGCCGACGGCGUUCGCGAAGAGGACCCCCGAGGAGAUCAUACCCCCUCCUUGUCGUCGUUUGCCGUGAGUUGGCCUGGGGAGUUAGAUUUCUCUGGUGCUUUUUUGUGCCGUAAAAAAAGCUCUUUUACGAGCUAGGCAGCUAGCUUCUGAGAAAGAAGGUUCAAGCUUCCCAUUGUUCUCAAUUGCGAUGAAAGGCGUCGCAUGGGGUGUUUGCCACCGUCGCCCCAGUCGUUCCUAUGAAAUGGAGGUUCAGCCAUUUGCAAAAAAAAGAAAAGAAAUGGAGGUGCAGCCAGACGCUGUCAGGGACUGGUCCGAGCUGCCUCUUGACGUGCUUGCUUUGGUCUUCGCCAAACUUGGCGCAGUCGAAGUCCUCAUGGGUGCAGGCCUAGUGUGCCACUCAUGGCUCGAGGCGGCAAAAGUGCCUAGCUUAUGGCGAUACGUUGACAUGGAGCACCAUGAGGUCUUGCGUGGAAAGAAGAAAAAGACGCAGGAUGUCUUGUGCGCAAUGGCAAAAGCGGCCGUUGACCGCUCCAGUGGAGAGCUUGAGGUGUUCGCAGGGAGCGAGUUCGUUACCGAUGAUCUUCUCAAGUAUAUUGCAGAAAGAUCUUCCUCCCUUAAGAGCCUCAGUCUCGACUAUUGCAAUGUUUCGAAUGAAGCAUUCACUGAGCUGAUAAUCAAGUUGCCUCUUCUCGAAGAACUUCUCAUUUCCUUAUGUCCAUUUGUUGACGGCGACGCAUAUGAGAUCGCCAGCAGAGCAUGUGCGCAACUGAAGCGUCUCAUGUUACGCCAAGGGUCGUAUGGCGGCGAGAGAGAGGGGCCACUUGGAAUAGAGUUUAUGCAUGAGCUGCGAUACCUUACUCUCGUCGGAAGUGAUAUCACGACGGAGGAGCUGGUUGCCAUCAUCGAUGGCUGCCCUCACUUGGAGCGCCUCUGUGUGCGCAACUGUUGCAACAUCGUUGUCGAUGGAGCACUGCGAGCGAAAUGUUCUAGGAUCAAGACUCUGAUUCUUCCCACUUUGCAGUGCCGCCGUAUCCAGUUUCAUCCUGAUGAUGGCAUUUUCACUGACAAGUUUGACGAUUGGAGGUCUGCUUAAAUGUGAUGGUUCAUCUUGAACGGCUGCUAGCAAUCUAUGUAUGUACUGAUCUUGCAUGGCUGUGUUUUGUCAUGUGGGAUAUGGAUGGAUGGGUUCAGGUGGUUAUUGGCACUGCUACUCUGUGAUAUUGCUACUACAGUCCAAAUAAGGAGGCAAGGUCUCCGUUUUCUGGUGUUCCAAGAAGUUCCCAGGUGUGCGCAUGCAGUGUUCACACCUAGGUCACGAGCUACUUCAAGGUUGUGCGCUGCAUCCAGCAAUGCUCACACAGCACCAUCACUAAUGCCGUGGCGUCACCCUCCUGUGCUGUGCUGUCGCAACACCAUCAUUCCUUCUGAGCCUUCCUUUUUUCUAUUUGAUUAGUAGAACAUUUUGGAAUAAAUAACCAUUCUUCAUUAAUGUACUGUACUGCCUUAAGAUUAGCAGUGGCAUGGUUCUUUUCGAUGUGUAAGCUGCGAGUGCCUUUGAUCAUUUGGACAUGUGGUUGUAUGCGUGUAAAACCUAACUGCUUGGAUGCUGAAUAGCAGAGGAGAAGAGAUUGUAUGGGUUGAUGAUU